AUGGCACGUCCCGGGCUCCGCCGAGUGGGAAGUGUGUCCUCCGCCUCUGCAUCUCUGCUCGGGGCUGGCGCAGGCGGCAUCCCCGAGCUGGCCACCCACCUCACGGACGACAGCGUCGCUUGGGCGUUGCUCCGGUGGGAGGUGGGCUCAGGCACCUUUGUACGCUCGAAGCUGGUGGCGAUUCACUUCAAUGGCGACGACGUCCCCAGCGUCCGUCGGGGACGCCUCAAUGCGCGCUCGGCGGAGGUGCUGGGACUUCUUGGCGAGGCGCACGCAACCAUCGAGGUCAAGCGCAACGAGGACUUGCAUCUCGACUUCGUGUGUGAGCGCCUGAUGAAGGUUCUCACUUCCGACAGCAUGGCCAAGUCCAUGUCCGCGGAGGCGCUGAGGAAAGAUUACGAGACUUUGAUCGAGAAGCAAAAGUCCGAGAAGGCGAAAGGCAAAGAUAAAGCCCCGCGCGUGCCGCGCACUGUCAAGGACCACCCGGGCAAGCAGAUCUCUGUCGACCGCGUGCUGGCUGCGGUCGGCGAUACCUCAGGGCCUUACAAUUGGGCCCUCCUGGAGCCAGAGCGGCUCGAACUGCACAAUGCCGGCUACGGGGGCCUUGUAGAGAUGAAAGAAUGGCUCUCGGAGGACCUGGUCCUCUUCGGCAUGAUCCGUUUCACCUUCGGGCGCGAGACUGUGGCCUCCUCGAUGGAGGGCAUGACAGCAGCACCAGCCGUCGUGAAGUACAUCUUCGUCCACUGGGUCGGGCCGAAAGUCUCGGCUGUGAGGCGGGGUAAGUGGAAUGCACAGCAGAAGAAGGCCGACGCGCAUGUUCGCAGUGUGUGCAGCAUCACGUUCCGCCGGGAGGCACACAGCCUGGAAGAGUUGGAGCUGGCAGACCUCAUAUCCGAGCUCUUGCGUCUCGCCGUUGUCGACGGGGCCGUCUCGGAUGCAGGCAAGAGCAAGAUCUCAGUGGAGGAAUACAUGGCGUCCUUGGCCCUGGAGCAGCAGAAGCAGAUGGAAGCCGAGAUGGAGGAGUUCGGCGGCGCUGAGGCCGAGAGCGAGCUGCCCCAGCUCGACGUUGCGGUGGACUCGGUACGGACGGCUGGAGGCGAGUACAACUGGGUGCUCUUGGGUAUGAAGCCACCAGGAGGAGAAAACAAGGUAGCCCAAGAGAAAGCGAAGAACGAAAGCACAAUGGCAUCUGCUGCCGCCACCCAAGCCAAAAAGGCGGAAGAGGCGCAAUUGGCCAAAGAGGCUGCCGACGCGAAGAAGGCGGAGGAGGCACGACUGGCCAAAGAGGCCGCUGCUGAAGCGAAGAAGGCGGAGGAGGCGGAGGAGGCGCGAUUGGCCAAAGAGGCUGCCGACGCGAAGAAGGCGGAGGAGGCGCGAUUGGCCAAAGAGGCUGCCGACGCGAAGAAGGCGGAGGAGGCGCGACUGGCCAAAGAGGCUGCCGCUGCUGAAGCGAAGAAGGCAGAGGAGGCGGAAGAGGCGCGAUUGGCCAAAGAGGCUGCCGACGCGAAGAAGGCGGAGGAGGCGCGAUUGGCCAAAGAGGCUGCCGACGCGAAGAAGGCGGAGGAGGCGCGACUGGCCAAAGAGGCCGCCGCUGCUGAAGCGAAGAAGGCGGAGGAGGCGGAGGAGGAGCGAUUGGCCAAAGAGGCUGCCGACGCGAAGAAGGCGGAGGAGGCCCGACUGGCCAAAGAGGCUGCCGCUGCUGAAGCGAAGAAGGCGGAGGAGGCGGAGGAGGCGCGAUUGGCCAGAGAGGCUGCCGACGCGAAGAAGGCGGAGGAGGCGCGAUUGGCCAAAGAGGCUGCCGACGCGAAGAAGGCGGAGGAGGCACGACUGGCCAAAGAGGCGGAGGAGGCGGAGGAGGCGCGAUUGGCCAAAGAGGCUGCCGAUGCGAAGAAGGCAGAGGAGGCGGAAGAGGCGCGAUUGGCCAAAGAGGCUGCCGACGCGAAGAAGGCGGAGGAGGCGCGACUGGCCAAAGAGGCUGCCGAAGCCAAGAAGGCGGAGGAGGCGCGACUGGCCAAAGAAGCUGUCGCUGCCGAAUCCAAGAAGGCCGAGGAGGCGCGGCUGGCCAAAGAAGCUGCCGCUACGGAAGCCAGUGCGACGGUUCUAGCCGCAGUUUCCAUGAAGUCUGUGCCGAAGAAGACCGAUGAAGAUUCAAAAAUCUCUGGCCCACACCGGUCAUCUGCACCGCAUGAGCUGCAUGCACCGCAAGCUGAGGCAGGACAUCCAGGAUAUCCCAAGCGGUCCUCGAUGUCCUCGCAACCAGCACCAGCAAGAAAUGUGGACGUUGCAGCGACGACAGGGGCAAGCGUCAGACCUGAGGCGAUGAUGACGGGGAAUAGGUACUUGAGCGCAGGGGCUCAUGGUGCAUAA